AUGGGAGCUAAUCUAUUGGCCGAGGAGGAGGCGAUAGCUAAGCUCCUGACUCAACUCCUGGUAAAAAGAGGAGUGAAAUAUGACCCGUAUAAAGUGAAACUAUUGCCAAAGUUCUUACAAAAGAAUGGGGCCCCGUCAACAGUUUUGGCGGUGUUUGAUUUAAAAACUUGGGAAAAUGCUGGGACAACUAUAUGGGACGCUGCCUCUCGGGGAGCACCCACCUGCACGCACUGGGCGCUGCCACGUUCCGCCUGCUGCUGCGUCUGGGCCCACCACCCCACGGGCCCCCGCUCGCCGCUGCCCGCCACUGCUAAGCCUCCCCCCACCCCCGCCCUGGGCCGGCCUCCCCUCAGCCCGCCGGCCCUUCUGCUGGCGCUGCGGGCCGCCGCCGGCAGCUCGGCCAAGGAUGUGGGUGGAUCCCCUGAAAAGGCAGCCACAGACCUCAGCAGUGAAAACAAGAAACUCAAUAAAUCCCAGCAGCUGAAAAAAGUUUUCAAAGAAUAUGGUGCUGUAGGGGUUUCAUUCCAUGUUGGAAUUUCAUUAGUAUCUCUAGGAAUCUUCUACCCGGCUGUGUCAAGUGGUGUGGAUAUGACUGCAGUUCUCUUCAAACUUGGUUUCAGUGAAUCAUCGCUGCAAUCUAAAAGGGCUGCUGGUACAAGCACAUUUGUGUUGGCAUAUGCUAUUCACAAAUUGUUUGCUCCAGUACGACUCAGCAUUACUAUAGUUUCUGUGCCAUUUAUUGUCCGAUACUGCCGGAAGAUUGGUUUCUUCAAACCUCCUACCCCAAAUCCAUGAUAACUUCUUAUGGUUUUUUACUCGCCCAACAUGGGGCUCAAGGAAUUUGAGAUAAGGAUGAUAGUCAAGAGAAGUAACAGGCAAAACAUGGACUGGAUGUUUUUUUUAAGAAUGUAAUAGUUGUGAAGAAUUUAAGAAAGCAGCAAUUGCGAAGAAUAUGUUUCAUAUUAGUGUGGUGAAGGGACGAGGGGUGGUGUGUGUGUAAAUUGUCCACCUCAUCGGUGUUGUGAUGAUGUUAUGUUUAUUUUGGUGUGGGGAAAUCUUUUUCUUUUUGAUGUAAGUGAAGUUUGUGAAGAUUGUGAUAAUUGUAAAGUAAGAGUAUAUU